CAAGCGGCAAGAACAGACAGGAAUAUCUCCAGUUCAUCACUUGCUGGGGACCUGUCUGAGCUGCAGGAAGGGGUCAUCGAGGUGCACCCAGGCAUAGACACAGACUCACAGAUUCUGGAUCAACUUUUAGACUUCGGCAAGCGAGUGAUCAAGGCCGAAGUGAAGGUCUUUGUGUGUCAGAAGGUAAUACACCCAGUGUUACAGCAAUACCUGAGGACUCACGGAAUCACUGUGAUAGAAAGACUGGGAAUCUCACUCAUGGAGCCACUUGCUCAGCUGACAGGUGCCAAGGCUAUUGCCACACUACAGACCACAAUCCCACCCGAGGCCUAUGGGAAGGUGAAGGAUCUCAGCAUCAAGGAGUUUGGAUCCAAGACCAUGUUGCAUUUACAGCCUGUUGGGGAGUCAGCAAUCUGCACCAUGAUCCUCUGCCACAGAAAUGAGACAAUGUUAAGCGAGCUCAAGGUGGUGUGCCAGAAGACAGAACACGUGUUGAGGCUCACCCUAAAGGAACCAUUCACCUUGCUGGGAGGCGGCUGUACUGAGACCCACCUUGCUGCUUAUGUCAGACACAAGAGCAAGAAGCAGCUUCCAGAGGUGGCGUCUCUGCUCGGCUGCUCUCAGGCGGAGUACCUUCUUGGUGUGGACAUCUUCUGCAAAUCGCUGGAGUCUGUCGCCAGAGCACUGGAGCAUGACGGCAGAGUUUCUUCUAUCGAUCUGACUCAUGCUCACCACUGGAUUCUCCCUGCAGAUGUGACGGAGGAAUGUUUGGAGGAGAGCUCGGACUCGUGUGGCUGUGGGCUGGUGAGGAGUAACUCAAACAGGAAGUGGACUCAUCUAAACACGGAAUAUUCAGACUUCUGUCCUGCACCGCUGUUGAGAGACGCUCCUGUGCAGCCGUGUGUGCUGGACUCUUUCACAGCUAAACUCAAUGCAUUACAUGUUGCUGUAGAAACCGCUAAUAUUGCACUGGAUGUCAGAUAUAUAAUUCAAGAUGUGAACUAGCUGUAGGAUCAAGAUAAUCCAAAUGAGGACCAAAGUC